GUCCUGGCGGCGCGGCGGCACUCGGGGCGCGCUCGGGACCGCCGGGGUCCGCCGUCUGGCGCUGCGCCACGUGCCUGGAUCCGCGCUGAUGUCAAGUGGGUGUGGGCGCUCGGGGAAGGCCCAGGCGAGGACGAGGAGGGCGCGCGAUGCGCUGCUGACCGGUGGCCGGCCCCGGCUGGAGGAGCGGGCGCAUGGAGCGGGGGCGCUGCCCGCCCGGGGACGCACCCCCCGCCGCCCUGGGGGGCUGGCGGGGACCAACGCGGGGGGCCUGCAGCCAUAACCAACAGACCACAGCAUUCAGGCAUCCUGUGAGUGGGCAGUUUUCUCCGGAAAAUAGUGAAUUUAUUCUUCAAGAAGAGUCACAUCCACAUAUGUCGAAGCAAGAAAAAAACCAAAGACCGUCCAGCAUGGUCAGUGAAACAUCCACAGCUGGUACCACGUCCACUGUGGAGGCCAAGCCUGGCCCCAAGAUGAUCAAGUCCAGCAAUAAAGUCCACAGCUUUGGGAAGAGGGACCAGGCCAUUCGGAGGAACCCCAAUGUUCCAGUGGUGGUGAGGGGGUGGCUGCACAAGCAGGACAGUUCUGGGAUGAGACUGUGGAAAAGGAGGUGGUUUGUGCUUGCUGAUUAUUGCUUAUUUUACUAUAAAGACAGCCGAGAAGAAGCGGUCCUUGGGAGCAUCCCUCUGCCCAGCUACGUGAUCUCGCCUGUGGCCCCCGAGGACCGCAUAAGUCGCAAGUAUUCCUUUAAGGCUGUGCACACGGGGAUGCGAGCACUCAUCUCUAAUAGCUCCAUGGGGGGCUCUCAGGCUGAGCAGUCGGGCAUGAGGACCUACUACUUCAGUGCCGACACCCAGGAGGACAUGAACGCGUGGGUCCGGGCCAUGAACCAGGCUGCACAGGUGCUGUCUCGAUCAUCGCUGAAGAGAGACGUGGAGAAGGUGGAGCGGCAGGCCGUCCCUCAGGCCAAUCAUGCAGAAUCCUGUCGAGAGUGUGGCCGCGUGGGACCUGGACAUACGAGGGAUUGUUCUCAUCGCAGUCACGAGGAUUCCUUUGGCUUUGAGAGGCGAGAGCAAGAGGAAGAACGGUACCGGCCCCAGAGGGAACCACUGGAGGGCAAGCGGGACAGGAGCAAGGCCAGGUCCCCGUACUCGCCAACUGAGGAGGAUGCCUUGUUCGUGGAUUUACCUGGUGGCCUGAGAGGCCAACAAGCACAGCCCCAGCGGGCAGAGAAGAAUGGGGUGCUGCCCACCACAUAUGGCCCAGUAGAACAGAACGGGACCGGCGGGUAUCAACGGGCCUUUCCUCCCAGGAACAACCUUGAAAAGCACAGCCAGAGGAAGAGCAGCCUGGCCCAGGUGGAGCACUGGGCAAAAACCCAGAAGGGGGACGGCAGGAGCCUGCCCCUGGACCAGACCCUUCCUCGCCAGGGUCCUAGCCAGUCGCUAUCGUUCCCAGAAAACUACCAGACUCUUCCUAGGAGCACCCGACAUCCCUCAGGGGGCUCCUCGCCCCCUCCCCGCAACCUGCCAAGUGACUACAAGUAUGCGCAGGACCGAGCCAGUCACCUGAAGAUGUCGAGCGAGGAGCGCCGGGCACACCGGGACGGCACGGUGUGGCAGCUCUACGAGUGGCAGCAGCGCCAGCAGUUCCGGCACGGCAGCCCCACGGCACCCAUCUGUGCUGGCUCCCCAGAGUUCACUGACCAGGGCCGGAGCAGGAGCAUGCUAGAGGUGCCCCGCUCCAUCUCUGUGCCUCCAUCUCCCUCAGACAUCCCUCCUCCAGGCCCCCCGAGGGUCUUCCCACCCCGGCGGCCACACACGCCAGCGGAGAGGGUCACCGUGAAGCCACCGGACCAGCGGAGGAGCGUGGACAUCUCCCUGGGGAGUUCUCCCAGGAAGGCACGGGGCCAUGCCACCAAGAACUCCUCUCACGUGGACCGACGCUCCAUGCCCUCCAUGGGCUACAUGACCCACACUGUCAGCGCCCCCAGUCUACACGGAAAAUCGGCUGACGAUACCUACCUCCAGCUGAAGAAAGACCUGGAGUACCUGGACCUAAAGAUGACGGGCCGGGACCUUGUCAAGGAUCGAAGUCUGAAACCAGUGAAGAUUGCGGAGAGUGACAUUGACGUCAAACUGAGCAUCUUCUGUGAACAAGACCGGAUCCUCCAGGACUUGGAAGACAAGAUCCGAGCCCUCAAGGAGAACAAAGACCAGCUGGAGUCUGUGCUGGAGGUAUUGCACAGACAGAUGGAGCAGUACCGAGACCAGCCCCAGCACCUGGAGAAGAUUGCUCACCAGCAGAGGUUGCUGCAGGAGGACCUUGUCCACAUCCGGGCAGAGAUCUCCAGAGAGUCCACUGAGAUGGAAAAUGCCUGGAACGAAUACCUGAAGCUGGAGAGUGAUGUGGAGCAGCUGAAGCAGACUCUGCAGGAGCAACAUAGAAGAGCCUUUUUUUUCCAGGAGAAAUCGCAGAUACAGAAGGAUCUCUGGAGAAUUGAAGAUGUCAUUGCAGGCCUGAGUGCAAAUAAAGAGAACUUUAGAAUCCUGGUAGAAUCAGUCAAAAAUCCAGAGAGAAAAACGGUGCCUUUGUUUCCUCACCCGCCUGUGCCUUCACUCUCGACUCCUGAGAGCAAGCCACCCCCACAGCCCAGCCCUCCCACCAGUCCUGUGCGGACCCCUCUGGAGGUUCGACUCUUCCCCCAGCUGCAAACCUAUGUGCCGUACCGACCUCAUCCACCCCAGCUGAGGAAAGUGACAUCCCCUCUUCAGUCACCAACCAGGACGAAGCCCAAAGUCGAAGAUGAGGCGCCUCCCAGGCCCCCACUCCCGGAGCUCUACAGUCCAGAGGACCAGCCCCCGGCCGUACCACCUCUCCCGAAGGAGGCCACCAUCAUCCGGCACACCUCAGUGAGAGGUCUUAAACGGCAGUCAGACGAGAGGAAGCGAGACCGGGAGCAGGGGCAGUGUGUGAAUGGGGACUCACGGGUGGAGCUUCGGUCAUACGUUAGUGAGCCCGAGCUGGCGACUUUCAGUGGGGACAUGGCCCAGCCCUCCCUGGGACUAGUGGGCCCCGACAGCAGGUACCAGACACUGCCAGGCAGAGGGCUCUCGGGGUCCACGUCAAGGCUCCAGCAGUCGUCCACCAUUGCUCCCUACGUCACACUCCGGAGGGGUCUAAAUGCCGAGAGCAGCAAGGUGACCUUCCCUAGACCCAAGAGUGCCUUGGAGCGCCUGUACUCAGGGGACCACCAGCGGAGCAAGAUGAGUGCGGAGGAGCAGCUGGAGCGCAUGAAGCGACACCAGAAGGCCCUGGUCCGGGAGCGCAAGAGGACGCUGAGCCAAGGAGAGAGGACGGGUCUGCCCUCGUCCCGCUACCUCAGCCAGCCUCUCCCUGGAGAUCUCGGCUCAUGGAAGCGCGAGCAGGACUUUGACCUGCAGUUGCUGGAACGGGCGAUGCAAGGGGAAAGAAAGGACAAGGAGGACAAUGGCUGGUUGAAAGUGCAGGCCAUGCCUGUCACUGAGUUGGACCUGGAACCUCAAGACUAUGACUUGGACAUCAGCAGAGAGCUGUCCAAACCUGAGAAGGUCUCCAUCCCUGAGCGUUAUGUGGAGCUGGACCCUGAGGAACCGCCCAGCCUUGAGGAGCUGCAGGCGCGGUAUCGCAAAGCAGAGAAGAUCCGCAACAUCCUUGCUCGUUCCAGCAUGUGCAACCUGCAGCCGACCUCAGGCCAGGACCGGAACAGCGUGGCCGACCUGGACUCGCAGCUGCAGGAGCAGGAGCGCAUCAUCAACAUCUCCUACGCUCUGGCCUCCGAGGCCUCCCAGCGCAGCAAGCAGGUGGCAGCGCAGCAGCUGGCCCUCCUCCCGCCUAAAGCCCCCCUGUCCUCCAGGACGGUGCCACCUUACCCCCCCUUAAGCAACGGACUCCACUACACCUUUGUCUAACACCUUCCAACCCAGGCAGUGACUGACCCGUGACCCAGCGUGCAGAGGAGAAGUCUGGAGCCAGGGGCCCAGUGGAACCACUUCCCUCCCAGAAGAUUGAUCUUCCUUCCCCCCAAGGAAACCCCUUCCAGCUCAGCAGGGGUUCUGGCUGGAGGAAGGAGCAGCCCAGCAACUGUGGGGUGUUCACCAUAGGCCUAGGUCCUAACACCCCCACCCCGACUUGUUUUAGUCCAGACUCCUUUUUACAUAUGACAAAGGCACUUUUGAUACACACUGUAAAAUACUGACGCUGUAUUUUAGAAUCAGAAUAUAUUUUAUAACGUUCACCUCAAGGGCUGAUUGGCUGGAAAGGUGAGGAUGCAGGAUUUUGGAGCUGCACAAUACAGAUUCAGGUACUGUUUGGGUGGUAGGUGUGGGUGGGGGAGAAGGGCAGGGCGGGCGGAGGCCAGUCCAACAUCCAGUGAACUCAGGUGAAGGUCGGACUUGAUCUGUGCUUCCAGGGGAGCCCGGUGUUGGGUUCAUUGGCGGGCUAUCUGGGGAAAGAGGGGGUCCUUAGCUGCAGAGGUCAGCUGUCCCUGACCUGGCCAAAUGACCAGCCUGGAGGGGGAAACUCCACCAGGGUGGCACGGGGAGCCCAGGUCUGUGCCUUGGCCCUUGGGUUUGGUUUAGGGGCAGUAGUGUGUUCAAGAGAUUUGGCUCCCAAACUGUUCAUGAGGUUCUCUCAACAAAAGGCUCUUCUCAAGAAAAACAGAACAGUUUGCUUUAAUUAAACAAACAAACAAACAAACAAAAAAUAUAUAUACAUACACACUCUGAAAUACAGAAAAGGUGAGAAGAAGCACCUUUUAUUGUAUCAUAAGCAAUAAACUUCACACUGGGUGGUGUCCACCUAAAACUCCCUGAUUCCACACUAGGCUGUGAUCGGGCUUUACUGCCUGCCCUGGAGAACCUAGGUCAGCUUCCCCAGGACAUGGUCUGGCGGCCGGAGGUCAGGCAGUGUGCCCCCAACAUCCCUGAUGGCCAGCAGCAGGCCUUUGACUCCACUUCCAGGCCCAAGUGAGGAGCGGACUGCCAAGCCAGGCGCAGUGUUUGUGGCCCUUUAUUUAAGUCAUGAGCUCACAAUAUUCUGCAUACAGAAAAUGAUGUCUUAGGGGAAAGACACACACACACACACACACACACACACACACAAAAAAAAAAAAAAAAAACCUCCAUUGGAUGGGGCCACACUUUAAAUGAAAAUUUGUCUUUGACUAUGGUUGGAAAAAAAAAAUCCUAACUAUAUUUAGAAACUGCUGUCUAUUUUUAACUCCAUAUGCUGCCAGUAUCAACUUCAUGACAUUUGCCAAAAUAAGAUUUUAUUUUUGCCUUUAUAAGAUUUUGUUGGAAAAACGAAAUGAAUAUUUUGCAAGAAAAAGUUAAUUUAAAUAAAAGUGUAAUGGUUUGCAAAAAAAAAAUUGUGAUGUACAGAUUAAAAUAUUAACCUGAUAUGCUUCCUGCUUGCUGGCUGUAUUCUCAUGAGCAGCCUGUGUUGGUUUUUUUCCAAUUCUUUGGAAAAUCCCCAGUGUCAGCUCUCGGUCUUGCUUGUGUUCACCUAUGAAAGGUUUCUCCUGCUGACAGUUCCUUGACGCUUGAUUGACUCUAGAGGUCCAGGGGAAGAAGGCUUUUGGGCCCUUAGCGGGGCUUCAGCGGCUGCUCGCGGUGGCUCCCCACCCACCCCAGCCCGGCUGAGCGGCUGCCAGGCUGCGGACUCCCGCGUGGGGUUGGUUUGGCAGGCAGACUGCAAUCCAGGAGAGCAGAAGGGGCGCCACAGGACCCCUUCCAACCCACACGCGGCUGGCUCGUUCCAGUGAGGCGGGUUAGUGACGGACCAUUGUAAACUGGAUUUGUAUUUGAUUCGUUUUGACUUGUGAUGUAGGCUUAAAACAGAAGCCAGGAGGCCAGUUGAGUUUGGGGAUGUGUGUAUUUCCAACUUUGUUAUUAUGGCAGUUUUUCUCUAUUACCAAGGAGAGCACCCAGGGUUUAGGGUGACUUUCCAACUCUUUAAACUGGGGAGGAUAGAUUCCAAAGUAUUCUGAACAGGGAACACUGCUGCUUUUUGGCUACUGAUCUCUCUUUCAAUUUUAAAAUAAAAAAACGCUCUGGUUUUGAACAUCACUUGGAGAUAUCUCCAUAACAGAUGAAAGAGGUUGGGCAGAGGGGCAAAGGGAGAGGGCAGAAAUUCCUCAAUAACUGAAUGCAAAAGUUAAAGAAAAAAAAAGAUACAGAAACCAAUACCCCCUACACACAGGGUGGCCGUCUGUAGACAUAGACAUUUGUUCAGCGAAAACACGUCCACAGUUUUCUUACUGUUGGUCUCAGUUUUUCUGUUUCACACAUACAAUCCUGUGUAGGAGGCAACGUGGCAACUCUGUUCUCUCCAGCCCCAGCCAGGAGAAGGGAUAGCCUCUUCUAUAACAAUUGUCACCCAAACUUCAGUCUACAGAGAGCAUGACAGGCCUCCAUGAAGAGCACGUGUGGUGUGGAAAAGGCAUGCUCCAGCCACAUCAUGUAGAAGCAGGCAGCAUGGCCUGCCACCCCCACCCCACUCCCCACAACCCCCACAAGAGGAUUCGUGACUUGAGGUAAGACAGGGCCAUCUGUGAAAGUAGGUGCUCGCUGGGGACCCUCUAGGUGGGGACCACUCUGAAAACCAACCCCACGUGGCUUGACCCUUCCAGGUUUGCUUCUUAACCAGGACCACAGGGCCUGAGUGGAGUUUAUUUAUUAGCUUACUUAUUUUAUCUUAUUUUGGUUUUUUCUCUGAGCAGAGUUUGUAACAAUGGGAUCAUGGUGGAUAAAUGGGAGCGUUCUGCUCCUGCUUCCAUUUGCAGCAUCCCCUCCAGGGUCGUAACUUUAACCUGGGCCUCUGUCGAGCCCAGGAUGUCGGUCUCAUUUUAGCAGGAACCAAUGGGAACACUGUAGGAUCUCAUCUGAAAUGGGGGUUGGGAAUAAUCCCCACUUCAGCUUCCUGAACUGCCCAGAUUUGCAACACGUCCAGGGCAUUGUUUCAGUGAUUAAAGCCGAGGCGUACGGACACUUACGAGUGCUCGUGAAGUGGAGGUACCCAGACUAGUGCAGAUGCUGAAAACCUUUUGUUUGCUCCCCAUCAUUCUUCUACCUGCCUUCGUGUCUGGCUGUGAGAGUAGAAACUUCCCUUAGCCUGUUUGCCUCCCUCUACCCCCUCUGCUAUGGUCUUCAGUUAAACUGGGUUCUCUAGAAUUGUCCUGGCCAUUACAGGUUGCAGGCCAAGGCCAGGGACGCCUCCACCUGCCCAAAGUCAAUUUGGGGAUGGCAGGGGUGGGAGUGGUUGUGAACGUUGGCUCAGCUAGACAGGGGCCCAUUUUGGUCUUUAGGAUUUUCCUCCACCCGUGGUUACUGUACUCCGUGGCAAGUCCUUUUGUGUUCGCACCAAGGGUGGGAAAGAAGCAGCAAAUUAUUUGUCUAAUCCACAAAUCACAUUUCUGAGACAUGGUAGGCAAGUUCUGGGAGCCCCCUGCUUCUGAUUCCGCAUCAGACGCCGGGGUGCGCAGGGGACUUGGCUCACGUGGGCUUCGUGCUGUUAUGAAAAGAACAAAGGGACGAGGCCGGGCCGGGGGUGGCUGGGAGAAAUGGCAGCUCUCCGGGCCCGUAAACACACCGUUGCUUUGCCGCCUCCACUCCAAAGGCUAUCACUUUCAUUGCUCUCCGAGCAAAGAAACCUUUCUUCAGAGUGAGUGGCGGGGUACAAAGGCAGAGUACAAAAUGUGUGCACAUCACAGUCCCUGCAAUUCUGUUUGAACAAGCAUAUUGAUUGGGUCUGACCCUGUUACAUUUUUUCCCUAUUAUUUGAAAAGGUGCAUCUAAGUGUAGUGAAUUGAACCCGCGGAGCUGAACUUUCCAUGAAAACUUCUCGAGAUAUUUCUUUAGUUCAAAGCUUUUGAAUUUUAAAGGGCAUUUUUAAUAUGAGUCUGUGGAGUAUUCUCUGCCACAGCCCAACAAGGGGUGUUAAAUGCAGAUGAGGCUGGAGCUGGGGUGCGGGUGGGGGUGGACCUGCCUGCACAGUGAGGGGUGCGGGUCGUGCAUGGUUGGAGGGUGCGGACCAGCCCAGGAAGGGCUGUGUUUUGGAGCAGCCCCUAAAAAGGGACCUCUCUGAGCUCACUGGGUACAGCUUAGGGGUCAGAGAAGAGGCUUCCCAGCUGAGCUCCUCAAAGGCUUUUUACUUUUCAUGUGGAGAGCCAGCCAGCACUUGCUAAGGGCUCCUCCCGAUAAACGUGGGUUUUGGCCUGGUGAGUAAGGGGCUCCUGACUGCUCAGCUGCCAGCUUUCUCCCACACGCUGCCUUAGAACCGAGGGGGAAUGAGACACAGUCCCUCAGCUGAGGUCACAGAGUCAGACAUGAAGCUUCCAUUGUCCUCAGCCCUUGGGUUGACAUCACUAAUCAGUCGCAGAUGCUUUCCCAGAGCCCUGAGCCGCAUCUCUAUCCUUAACUGACUCGACAUCUUGGGGCGUUUUGCUAGUUGUGUGGGCCGUAGCAGUGGUUCCUCUUACCAUCCUGGCCCCGGGCCCUGGAAGCUUCCACAGAGUCUCAUUUUCCCCACACAUAGCAGGGGCUCUCCUGUCCCCGUGAAGACACGCAGCCCCCUUUGACUGAGUCCCUGGCUCACUGUUGGUCCAAAUCCCUGUUUGCCUCUGGAGGCCUCUGGGAUCUAGAAAGCAUCUCCUUCCUAGGUCUCGAAUCCAGGUUCAGAGGCAGAAUUGUCCCUGGGAGGAGCUGGAAAAUUGGGUCCUAUGCCGAGAGAAUCUAGUCUCUGGGCAUCUCAGCAAAACCCUUCUAGGGUCCUUGCCAAACCCCCAGCCUUAGAAGACUAUGGCCCGUGGAAGUCAAAAAAGGGUCAGAAUCACAUUAAUAAGCAGUUCUUUGGGUACCUUCUCUGCCCACAAUUGUGGGAAGACCAGCCCUCCUCAGAUUCCCCCUGCCUAGUUGUGGGAGCCUGCAAGGGGUUUCACAUACACGCCAUCAUUUUCUGUCACUUUCAGGCCUUCUUGCUUUUCCUGUGUUUCCUGGGACCGCGCUAGACAGGUGGGCACACAUGAGGUCCCAAUGACAAUAGCAGCGCAGCUUUCAUGGCCUCUGCCCCCUUCUUGCCCACAGUGCGGGUCCUCUGCCCAGGUCUUCUCCGGUCAUUUCAGGGAGUCCCCAGGCAUAUCUCACAUGAGUUCACAAUAGUCUUGUCAAGUUGGAGCACUUCCACUUGCAGCUUCUUGAUACUUUCUGGCCAUGAGGCCACUGCCCCUGUGCUCCAGAAGAAAUGCCUAGCUUGCAGCCCCCGCCCCAGGCUACAGACCCCAGAAGUGCUGGAUGAGGGACUGUCUCUGUGGAGCUCACCCUGGCCAACCCCAGACUGCAUCUAUACAUGAAUGGGAGAUCUUUCGCUCCCUAAUUUUGUGUCUCACGGGCCCCAAAACAGGGUUGUGUGUGCUCUGGUUUACUCUGGGGAGAAGCUGCCUAGAGCUUCUACUCGGGUCCUCCCUAUGGGGCUCAGACACAUUCUCUAGGUCUCCUCCCCCUGCCUCAGGGGCACACAUCCCUCUUUCUGUUGAUGUAAACUGACCCCAGACCAUGUCUUAUUUCUCAUGAUCUGCAGUCUGGACUGGGCUCAGCUGGGCAGAUUUUCUCUGUGUAGUGAUUGCAGACAUGGGAUGUUCAAGUAGGGGCUCUUCACUCACGUGUCUGGCACCCCAGGUAGGAGCUGGCUGGGCAUCUCCAUCUUUCCACACGGUCUGUCCAGGUGGCUGCUUGGUCUUUGUUACAGCAGGAAGGUCUCAGGGUGGUUGGACUUUGGAUCUGAGCUGGCAGGUCUGCAAUUGGCAUAGAGUCACUUUCUCCCCAUUCUCUUGAACAAGGCAAGGAUAUUAAAGGAGAGGGAAUAGACUCUGCCUCCCAAAGGGUGGAGUGGCAUACACGUACUGGAAGGGAAGGAAUGGACAGUGGCCAUCUUUGGAGACUGUCUACUGCAAGAUCCUCUCCUCGUUCUCCUUCAGCCACACUGAAGCACUUGAGAGCUUGUGUACUCUCUCCAGCUUUCUCUUCCCUGCAGUGGCCAUCAGGAGACACAUUUUCUAAAUAGUGCAGCCAUAAGAUGCAAGAUAACUGUAACUGGACCUAAGUCUCCACUUGGGAGGGACUCCCCAGGAGAGGCCCCAAGGUCUGCAGCUAACUUUGCAAGAGUGAGGAAUAAAUGUUGGUUUAUCCAUCCGCUGGGAUUUUAGGCUUUCUUUGGUCCUGUUACAUAGUCUUCUUAUUCCCAUAUUACACAUGAGAAGACUGAGGCACAGUGGCUCCAUGACUAGUAAGCAACUGGGUAGAAGUAUGAGUUUGUAUCUGACUCCAGAGAGCUUUUAACCAUUACACGGGCUGCUAUUACCUUGGAAAGAGGAGGUGCCCUGUGGCCCUGGAUUCUGGGUCACUUGAAAUAGAAUUGCUUCUGGUGAGAGCCAUGAGCUCAUGGAUAGCCUGCAGAGAGGCCUACAGGAGAGUGCCUAGCAAGUAAUGUGUGCUCAGCACGUGGAAGCUGCCAUCAUGGCUAUGAUUGACAGUGAGCUUCUCCUGGAGAUCCCACAGAGAGGGGUUACCAUGGCAUGCUUGACCCGGCCAUCUGUCCCUGGACUUUGGGGCUUGGAAACCAGAUUUGACAGCACCAAGAGUUGGGCUGUUUCUCAGGGCUAUACUCACUGGGCUCAGAAGACAGAGAAAAUUGGGUGAGAAUCCAACUGCCAGGCCACUAGUGUUCACUGACACACACACACCCUUCCCCAGGCCAAGUCUUUGUUGGAAGGUUGCCUGGCAGUCUUGAGACCAGGGCGAUCUUGGAUAGUCCUGGUAUCACUGAGCUGCAUCAGCUGAGGUCCUGUUUCCACUGUAGGGUGCUCCAUUCCGAGACCCAGUGCUCAUGUUUCUGGACCCAGGGCUUCCUCUCGGGAUGAACAAGAUGCAUCACCACUCAGGUGCUCUCUCCUGUGUGACUGUGGCUGGCAGUCUCCUAUUAGCAGGUUGACACCAUGGAAAGGAGGCAGCCAGGAGGCAGAGGUAACAAGCACAGGCUUUAGAGCCACGUUGCCUGGAAUCUAACCUUGGUUGCUCCAUUUGGCCAGCCGUGACCUUGGGCAAGUUACUUAACCUCUUCAUGCCUUAGUUUUCUCACCUAUAAAAGAUUUAGAUUAGCAACUACCUCAGUAGAGUUGUUGUGAGGAUCGAACGUUAUUACACAGAAAAGGCUAAGCACAGAUUCGACCCCAUGGGAAGCGCUAGAAAAAAAAUGUAUGUUAUUUACCUGCAUUAAAGUUAUGAUCAUUUAAUACAUAUCACAUUCUUAUUCUUUGUUUACUUAUUGCCUGUCUUCCUUACAAGAAUAUAUGCUUCAUGAGAGCGAGGGUAUUGUCUUGUUUAAAUUAUCCCUAGGGCCCAGAGUGGUGUCUGCCGCAAGAAGGGGCUAAGCAGUGUGUUGAAUGAAUGAGAGAAAGUCAAGGCUUGUUGGCCAGGGAGCCUCUUCUUUUCUUCAGAUAACUUUGCCCAGCUCUGCUCUGCUCUGUUGGGUGUUUUCUACUGUAGCCCCCGGAGAGCACCCCCAGCUCCCUCUUUAUAAGUUCCUCAAGUAGUAGGUAAAAGCAGGGAGUGUGGGAUUCAAAGCCACCCUUACUAACUCUGACCUUGGGCAAGUUACUGAACUUUCCUAAGCUUCUGUUUCUUCCUCUGAAAGGUGGGAAUAAGUACCUCCCUUACUGGGUGAUCCUGGGGACUGAAUGAGAUCAUCCUCAGACACUGCUGCAGGUGUGGGAGCACUCCUGUGGGAGCACCCCGCCGAAGUUCACCGCGCAGGUUUGCCCUCAUGUAUAGUCCUUACUGGGAGCAGCAGGGCUCCAGGUGGUUCUCCCACAUUUCUACCAUCCUCUUUCCCUCAUUCCGCAGGAUAAACGGGUUUGGGGCCAUCCGUUAUCCCCAGUCUGCUGCCCUCCACUGUCGGCCUGCCGUUUUAUUUAUUUAUUUUAAAAAAGUAUUUAUUUGAGAGCGAGUGAGCAGGUGGCGGGGGGCAGGCAGAGGGGGAGAGGAUCCAAGCAGACUCCUGCUGAGCCCGACGUGGGGCUCGACCUUACAACCCAUGAGACCAGGACCUGAGCUGAAGGCAAGCGCUGGACGCUCAGCCAGCUGAGCCACCCAGGCGCCCCUGUCUGCCAUUUUAGACAGGUGCCUGCGGCAGGUAAAAAUGGUCCAGGGCUUUUGAAGUGGGGUUCACAAGGCCGUGCCACUGCCGGCUGCCUCCCUGAGCCCUCCAGGGGCCAGGCCCCGCGAUCCUCUGAGGCCCCCCUGCAGCCCCGCGGCUGUCCACCUGACAUCAGAUCAACCUGUGCCUGCCCCUUUGAUGUCGACCCCCUAACUGGAGCCUCGUGGCCUGCUCUGAGGACCUGGGCUUUGAAGUUGGCCUAUAAACUGCGCUUUCAGGAAGAAAGUUGUCUGUUGGGCCUCAGAGCACGGCUGGGCCCCGUAAAGGCGCCCCGAGUGCCAUGAACACCUGAUAAAUAAUUCUUUCUGGGCCCAAGAAAGAUUCACUCGAUUUAAAGGGGACGAAAAUUCCCUUGACCUUUUCGUUGAAGUUCUGGGGCGGUGGGGGUGGGUGGGUGGACCGAGGGUGUUUACAGCUGCUCACCGCAGCCACGUGGGGCAGGCAGGCUGUCUGGGAGCUGAGCCCUGUGACUGCUCCCUGUCUCUGACCCCUGACCCGAGGUCCCCUCGGCCGCCGCUCCCCCUCCCAGUCGCUGCCUCCUGCUCGAACCGUCCUCCGGCUUCGUUUUGUCCGUGUUCUGAAGCGCGCACGCACGGCCGGGCCAAGAAUGCAGCCUUUUGUGUCUGGCUUUUUUUCCACUAAACGUCGUGUUUGUGAUGGUCCCCCUAUUUCAGUCGUUGGGCUGUUCAGCCUUCAUGCUCGGCAUGUUGGGGAGUUAGUUGGGCAUCCCCCGGGGCGCUGGCACAAGUGCUACUGCCACGAGCGUCUCGUGUGUAGCUCUUGGUGCACACGCGUUCACGGGCCUCUGGGUGUAUCCCUGGUGUAGAGGUGCCGGGUGCUAAGCGGGUCUUCAACGCCUAGAAAAUGCCAAUCCGUUUUCCAAAGCAGGAGUGUUAACGCAUAGCCCGGGAGUUGUGGUCGCUGUGGCGGCGGCCCCUGGGCUGGCCCCGUGAUCUCUGCCUUCUGCUGUGUGCACCCUGCGGGAGCGCCUCCCUCUGCUCGUGGGCUGGAGUCGGCAAUUCCCGUCUAAUAAAAAGAUAAUGACAGAACGGGAGGUCCCUUCCAGCACGAGGUUACGAGAAGACUAGCUUCGUCUGGGCAUCCCCUCGUGCUUUCUCGCCUGCUGCGGGGAGCGAAGCCAUGUGGUGAGCUUAGCUCCCAGAGGCCCGAAGGCCCAAAGCCUGGACGACUCCAGCAGCCACAGAAGUGAGCUGGGAAGUGGGUCCCCUCUCCAGGCAGACCUGGGGAGGUCACAUCCGGAUGACUUCUGAGAGGCACCCAGCUCACCAGAAACCGUGAGAUCAAUGUUUCUUGUUUCAAGCCAUUAAGUUUGGGCGUAACUUCUACAAUAACAGAUAAUCUACGCAACAGAACUUUAUUUUUUUUUUUACUUUAGCCAUUUUGAUGUGUAUGAAGUAGGUUUCUUAGUAUCUCUCUGUUAAUGAUGUUGAGUAUCUUUUUUUUUUCUCGAGUACCAGUCAACUUUUAUUGGAUACUAAUUGUGAAUUAGAUAAUGGAAGGAUUCAAGGAUGCCAGGCAAAAGUCACGGUCAGGUAUGCCAAACGUGCUUCCACACUGGGCGCUCUUCAGUGGUACUUGUGUAGCCGUUCACAUUGGAGGUUCUCGUAAGAACGACAAUAGCUGAAAAACAUAAGCAGCCAGCACCAUAGAAAUCCCAGUGACGCCCCCUUUCUUCACACUGAUAUAGUUGUAAUACCAGCAGUGACCUCUGAAAUGUUGAGCAUCUUUUCAAAUGUUCAUUGACCGGUUUUUUGUUUGUUUGUUUUGUUUUGUUUUUUGGUAAAGUACCUGUCAGGACUUUUGUCAUUCUGUGGGGUUGCAUAUCUUUCCCUGGUUGGUUUGUAGGGUUUCUGAAUAUGAAGCCUGUUUUAGCUUGGAUUACUCCUAAGAAAGCAGAGCCUAAGGCAAGGGCUUGAAAGAAGAUAUUUUACUUGAAAAAUGGUCCUAUGGAGCAGAGUGGAAAGAAAGAGAAGAAACCAAUAGAAGAGGGCCUUUUCAACCUGUGACUGCAGUGGGAAAACUUGGGCUCAAUCUCACUGGGGCCUUCGAAGAGCCAUGUAAAAUGCACCUCCAAAUUAUUUGAGGUAUGAACGAGAAGACCAGUUUUCUACUAGCUCAGGGCCCCCACUGACCAGAGGUUCCCCCCAUAGAGUAUCCCCCAUAUUUCCAGAUCCCACGUAUGUGUCUCCCGUAUUAGGACAGCCAAGAAACCAUAGGGCAUCAAACAAGAGGUGAGGCUGUGAUCCCAGAGCAGUAAUAGCUAGGGUAAAAUGGGGGCCUAGAGGAUGUGCCCUGGAGCAUGGGAAGUAUCUGACACAGAGCCUUGUAUUGAUCAUAACGAAUUGCUAACAACUUCUCAUACUCUGUAGCCUCUGUUUGCACAGUGCCUUUUAAUAAAUAGAUAAAUAAAUGUUGAUACCCAGAAAAGCAAGUGUCUUAUUCUUCACAAUUGUCUUGCCUAUUUUUGUCUUCUGCAUUUCCUUACAAAUUUCAGAAUCAACUUGGCAAGUUUCACCCCUCACCCUCAU